AUGAAAAUUCAGAGCUCCGAAGACGUUGAUCUUUGCAAUAUUAACAUCUUUGUGAGUAACCUGACAGACGAGGAAGAAGAUUUGCCUGAAGACGCUUUCUCACUGCUGUCGGUGCUCGUAGUUGGAUUCCUUCUCGUGAUCCUGAUAUUCUUCUCCGUCGCCGGGAACGUUCUGGUCUGCGUGGCAAUCUACACCGACCGCGGGCUGCGGAGAAUCGGCAACCUCUUCCUAGCCUCCCUGGCCGUCGCCGAUCUCUUCGUCGGUGGGCUGGUGAUGACCUUUGCCGGGGUCAACGAUCUUCUCGGCUACUGGGUCUUUGGAAUGUGGUUCUGCGACAUCUGGAUCGCCUUCGAUGUUAUGUGCAGCACUGCCUCUAUUCUGAAUCUAUGCGCCAUAUCACUCGAUCGUUACAUACACAUCAAGGAUCCCCUCAGAUACGGCCGUUGGGUAACUAGAAGGGUUGCCAUUGGUGGUAUCGUCGUUGUAUGGCUUCUAGCAGGACUCAUAUCCUUUGUACCAAUCAGUUUAGAUCUUCAUAGGAAUGAUGAUCAGCCCAUAUAUGAAGAGAAAGUGGAGGUAAGGUACUCGCUAAGUUUAAUGCUUCGAUUUAUUAAUAUCAGUCAUUUAUAUAUCGAAUGCGGUAUGUUUGAAUACAUGAUGAACGAUUUCUAUCGAACGUCUUUCAGUUCUUGAACAAACUGUAGGUUUUAA